AUCACUGGCCAGAAGUAACACCCAAGUGACGGCUAUUUAUCUGGAGUUGGCUGAAUAUCCACAUGUGAGAAAUGAUGACAGGAAACAGUUGAAGAAAAGCCAAGAGAAAUUUGCUCGUCUUUUAACUUUUGCUAAUAAGAAAAGUUGCAAGCCAACGUUACAUCACGACUGAGGAAUUUGUUCAUCUUUGGAGAACCCUUCACCGUGGAAUUUACACAAGGCUAAGCUGUUUGGAUACAGGAGACAUCAACCAGAUGAAGAGAAUUGUCAAGUUUUACCUGGGCUGACUGAGAUAAGGAUUAAGCCAGAGACACGACAAAGAUGAUGGACUGAACGCGGUCGAGCACACCAGGGAAAGUCUAACCUCACCUGAGAAAAUGUCGUUAAGAGUUUUAUUGUCAUUAUCUGUGACAUUACUGGAUAUUACCCACCUGGCUGGGAUAAUUAUAUUGCUCUGCGUACUACAAAGUGUCCACGCAUCAUGGUGGUACCUGGGUGUAGCCAGUUCUUAUCAAAGUACACUUGGUGACCUGAACCACAUUCCUGGACAAACCAAAUGCUCAUUACCAUACCUGGAGCCUCGUCAGAGGGAGAUGUGUCAGAUAGAUGACAAGCUGCUAGAGGUGAUCACACAAGGCGCAAGCAUCGGGAUCAAUGAGUGCCAGUUUCAGUUUCAGAACAGGCGCUGGAACUGUUCCACUUUCAACACAACAAAUGUGUUUGGAAAAGUUCUCAAUAUCAAGAGCAGAGAGACUGCAUACAUCUAUGCAAUAUUUUCUGCGGGUGUCAUGCACAGUGUAACACGCGGUUGUGCAUCAGGGGAGCUAACUCAGUGUGGCUGUGACGUGAAUGUACGACACACCAAGACCAAGGGAGAAUAUGAAUGGGGCGGAUGUUCAGACAACGUUCAGUAUGGAGCCAAAUUCUCAAAGGAAUUUGUUGAUUCAGAAAAUAUGAAGUUCAGCGAUGAAGGACUGAUGAACUUAUGGAAUAAUGAGGCAGGCAGAAGGGCUGUCAAGAAUGACCUGGAGCUCAUAUGCAAAUGUCAUGGAAUUUCAGGCUCUUGUUCUAUCAAAGUCUGCUGGAGGAAAAUGAAAGACUUUCGUAUAACUGGGACAAGACUGAAAGAAAAGUUUGAUGGGGCAAGCCUAGUGCAGCUGAACAGGCGGAAAAAUAAACUACGUCCAGUUAAUCGCCGUCAGAAGAAACCAACAAAAAAAGAUUUGGUGUAUUUAAGAGAAUCUCCUGAUUUCUGUGAGCAGAACCACCGAGUGGGAUCCCUGGGAACCCAUGGGAGAAAGUGUAAGAAAAACAGCUACGGACUGGACGGCUGUACGUUAAUGUGCUGUGGGCGGGGUUAUUACACCAUCGUUAAGGAAAUCAAGGAGGAUUGUGACUGUAAAUUUCUGUGGUGUUGUCGGGUUGAAUGUAAAAAAUGUACACACACUGCACAGCUAAAUUACUGUAACUGACCAUGCUGGUCAGCAAAUCAAGGACCUAACAGAUCCAAUCAGUGACCUUCUGGCAGAUAUUUAGGAUAGCCAUUUUCAAGGUCACCUUGGCAUUGGGAUGUGAAAUUCAGGUGGGACAUGAAUAUGGAGUGCUUGUAUGAAGACAAAAGCAGAAAAUGGCUGGGGUAAAGCUCUGCCCAUUCUGUGACCCUUUGAUCAGGUAUAUGUACUGGAUGAAGUCUGCCGCAUGUUAUGGUGUCUAUUAUGAUGAACAGGUCAACAGAAAAAAGACAAUUCAACAGAUCUGCUUAUUAGUUUUGAUGAAUAAAUGUUGUUAAUCUUAAUGCAACACAAAUAAUAUGCAUUUUUAUUAGAACAAGGAAGCAUGCUGUCAGCAACAUUAUGUAUGCUUUUGGGGGUAUAAUUGUGAAUUAACAUGAAGAAUGAUGUGAGUUUCUUGUGGCUAUACUUAUAUCGUUAUUGGAAGACAAAUAUGGCCUGACCCCUCGAGGUGUGCUCACUGUUGUGACUUUUUGUGAUAUAGGGUAGCACUGAUUUUGUGACAGUAAAUGCACUAGCCUGUAACAAAGUUAGUGACAUAUACAUGCUUUAAAGUCUGACAAAAGCACAUGUAACUUAAACACCCGAUAUGUUAGUUUUGACAUGUGAUGUGGACUGCCACCUAACGCACAAUCUAGGCCUACAUGUACACAGGAGAGACGCAGUUCCACAAUGGUCGUAGUAACGGCCACAGCCAGGCCAUUUGACAACACUUGUUAAAAAGACAUAUACUUGUAUAUAUGUAUGCUUCCAUGGUAAUCUUGCACAAAACCAGUGCAGGCUACGUUGAUUGUAACUGCCUUGGCCACACAUUAAAACAUGAUGCCAUGGUACUUACAGUCAACUAAGGUUACAUUUGCCUGGUGCAAAAGGCUGUAGGAUAGUUUUUUCCUCGAGGAAAGUAGAACGUCCUUUUAAAAGCGGCUAAAUGUGAAUUUUCAAUGGGAAACAGGCCUAUCUUACAAAGCUGUCACAAUGCUCCAUCAAAUGCAUUUACCAUGGUGAUACAAUCUCUUUACCACACUUUGCCAAGCUUCACGAGAAUGGCUCCAGCAUUGACGUGGAUGUACAUACAUGUAGAUUCUACACUUGAUGGUUGUACAGUGGUCGAGUUUAUGUAAAACAACUACUAACUAUUCAUGUUAUGUUUUCAUUAAUGUACUUUGUUUCUUGAAUACUGGCAGAAAAUCUACAUUAAAUUGCACCUUGUAGAAUGUAAACCAGGGAUACUUUUGAUGUUGUAUGUAUGGAUUCAAACCAAGAUGUAAUGAAGUAUUCAAAAGUUCUUAUGCCUGGAUCCAAUGAGUGAUAUGGAUGUCAAAGUACAAAGUAAACUCCAGAUGCUCUGAUCUAUUGUUUAAGGCUCUAGUUAAUUAUUUAAGCUCUAUGGUGACGUAUUUAUAAUAUUAAUUAAAGCAAAUGACUCAUA